CAAAAAUGUAGUGUUUGUGUGACCAAGGAGGAGAGCUCUCGGCAAAGCUGGUGCCGGUGUCUUCCUUGGCGUGUGCGUGUGUAUGUGUUGAGUUUUCUCAUCAUGUGUGUGUUCUUAAGAGAAACUACAAGUGAGAGUUGUGUGAGGAAGAAGAAGCGGCGCUGCGAGGAGGCGGCGCCAACAUUCGGUAUCAGAACCAGUUUGUUUUGGCGUGGUUCGCCAUGUCGGAGGCGUGCCGACGGUGGCGGAGUUCACCGGCGGCUGUGCGAUGCUCCGGGCCGUAUGUCGGUUUAUGGAGGUGCGCAGCGCGAUGAGGAGGCCGCGGUGGCUGCGGCGGCACGGUGAGGAGGCCGUGGAGGACCUGCGUGGUGGCGGCUUCAACGACACACAACGGCAUGGCGGCGUGGAGGUGCUGCGCUGCGGUUGAGGCCGCAGAGGUGCAGGGCAAUAAGCCGUGGCGGCGAGGCGGGCACGACCGGUGCGUGUUAUGGGUGCGCACUGGACGCGUCAGGCGCGUCGGGACCGCGAGCGCGCGUACGAGCGUGUGGUUGACAUUGGGAGGAGACAUAUGUUGCCGUUGUGCUCGAGUCCGUGCUUGAGUUCGGCUACAUCCUUCCGGCGUUUGUUGCUGGCGGCUGCCAUGGCGGACGCGGAGGCGGCGCGCGGUGAGCGUCUGGUGCAGUCGGGCUCGUCGGGUGCAUCGGGUGCACGUGGGAUGUGCGGGACGCAGAGAGACGCCAGGCGUGUGUCGCCGGCAGAGAAGGAGCUCGGCGUGUGUCACCGGAGACGUGACGGAACACGGUGCGACCGGCGUCGGUGCGCCAGGUCGGGUCCACGGGCUGGUUCACAGCUGUGACGACGACAACAACACGAGCUGCAUCAACUCCGGCGACGGCAGGUACAUGGCACGUCGUAGCGGACACGGAGGCGUGUGAUGAUGUUGUGCGAAGGCGUUCAAGACGACGGUCGAUGGCAAGGUGUCGCUUGGUGCUAUGCACAGUGUGUCUACUCUGCAGAGUGUUACACACUACCGUUCAGCUUUGAGCUACAACGCCGCACAACCCAGCAACUGCAGCACAUGCUAUACAAGGUGUCCACCCGCACAACACGGCCACCACAACUGUUGUGAGAUAUGGUACUUCUACGAAGUUGUGAAUGGAAAGGAGCAUUUGAGUGGCAGGGAAAAACACAAAGCAGAGCACAUAUUGCAGACCAGCAGUAGCAAGCAGUCCAUCAAACAUACCAUGGCCAUCUCAAAAGCUUUGAUCCUUAGCAUCCUCGGGUGCCUCUGCUUCUGCAGUUCGGUCCUAGCAGCUCGGGAGCUCAACGAUGACUUGUCAAUGGUGGCAAGGCAUGAGAGUUGGAUGGUGCAGUACAACCGUGUGUACAAGGACACUACUGAGAAGACACAUCGAUUUGAGGUGUUCAGGGCCAAUGUCGGGUUCAUCGAGUCGUUUAACGCCGAGAACCACAAGUUCUAUUUGGGCAUCAAUCAGUUCACUGACCUGACCAACGAGGAGUUCAAGGCGACAAAGGCUAACAAGGGGUACAAACCAAGCUUGGAGAGGGUGCCUACCGGAUUCAGGUACGAGAAUGUAAGUCUCGAUGCACUUCCGGAAACCAUAGACUGGAGGACCAAAGGUGCAGUUACUCCUAUCAAGGAUCAGGGCCAAUGUGGUUGUUGUUGGGCGUUUUCUGCUGUCGCUGCUACGGAGGGCAUCGUUAAGCUCAAAACUGGCAAGCUAAUAUCAUUGUCGGAGCAAGAGUUGGUGGAUUGUGAUGUCCAUGGUGAAGACCAAGGUUGUGAAGGAGGACUCAUGGACGAUGCCUUUAAGUUCAUUAUCAAAAAUGAUGGUCUCACCACCGAGUCCAACUACCCAUAUACCGCGACAGAUGACAAGUGCAAGAGUGGAACCAAUGGUGCCGCAACCAUCAAAAGCUAUGAGGAUGUUCCAACCAACAACGAGGGAGCCCUCAUGCAAGCCGUCGCAAGUCAACCUGUCUCGGUAGCUGUAGAUGGAGGAGAUAUGACGUUCCAGUUUUACAAAGGUGGAGUAAUGACGGGCUCAUGUGGCACUGAUCUAGACCAUGGAAUUGCAGCUAUUGGUUAUGGCAAGACCAGCGAUGGCACAAAGUAUUGGUUGUUGAAGAACUCAUGGGGAACAACAUGGGGCGAGAACGGAUAUUUAAGAAUGGAGAAGGACAUUACCGACAAGAGAGGCAUGUGUGGCCUUGCAAUGGAGCCUUCUUACCCCACUGCAUAGAAAGAGUGUCUGAUGCUACAUAUCCUCAUAUGCACACAAAUAUCAAAUAAUUGCCCACAUCGACUUUAAUUAAGUAUAGUUUGUAUGUGUAUCUAAAUUAUGUACAAAUUUAUGUCUUGUAUAGUAUUUAAUUUUCCAUGAAUACAAUGUAAAUUAUGUCACAUAUAUAAGGGUUGAUGAAGAAUUUGUGUUAGCUAUAUGUUUCA